UGGAAACAAUUAACCAUGUAAAGCCUAAAACUUGAAAUAAUAGUCUGAACAAUUCAAUUUUUUUGAAGUGGAACUGUUUAUUGAAACUUUAAAUACAUACUUUCAUAAAAUGCAUAUAAACCAGCUGCCACUCUAUAUAUCCCAAUCAUGUUCUAAAUAAGAUGAUUUUUAAACAGAAGUUUCUUUGGUCCAUUAAGUGUUAAUAUUUAAAUAUUACUAACAAUAUAAAAAGUCUACUUUAUAAAAAUCAGCAAAAAGCCAUGUGAACCACAACCUGAAGGUGGACAUUUCUGCAAUGUUGUUACAACAUACAAUCAUACUAAAAGGUCUUUUACUCACUUAAAAAGGGUUAGGGUUAGGGUUUUUAGGCAACAGGUUUUUAGGCAAAGUUUUGAUUUUGAAGCCUUAGAAUAAUUUAUAUAUCAAAUAUAAUAGAGUAGUCUUUAAGCAGUAGGGUUUAAGCAGCAUUAAAGCACUGCAAGGUAAUAUUCUGGUUUAUCAGCAUGCCUUAACUUCACACUGAUGGGAAACAGAUGGAUUCUGUUUUACCAGUGCUGCCACUUGAUCUACUCUGUUUUUGUUUCAGUUCAAUAAAAGCACAAGUCACUGCCACUGGCAUUUCUAAGGACUGUUUUAUAACUUUCAUUUUCCCUUUCCCUGUUAUAAGAUGUAGCUUCUUGCCACUGUGCAUGGUCUUUGGUACAAUAUGAUGGUGUGCGGAAAGUACUGAGCUUUGGAUAAAAGCGUCUGCUAAAUGACUAAAUGUAAAUGUUAUAGUAUCACAGUAUAGUAAAAUGUGCUAUUUCUAAAAUAUUUGUAUGGCACACCCAAGGGCUAGACUUGCCUGCACUUCUCUUAAAUGCUGUCAUAUAGCCUUCACGCCUUAAACCGUCAGUUAUUUAGCUGCCAACACAAUGGGUGGAAUGUCUAUUCAUUAAGGUAAUCUUCCAGUAAUAUAAAGUACCUGAUUCCCUGCAAGCUCAUUAUUUACUCUGAUGUACUCAGUGUGAAAAGGAAGCUUUUUAUUUGUGUCAGUCAAGUAUGGAGUUUGCGCACACGAGAAAGAAAAGCUUUUUGUUCAGGAGGAAAACUAAAAAUGGGAAAGAAAAAAUAGAGCUGACAGAUGUGAAUCUUUCACCAGGGGAACAGGCAUCUGAAUGCAAUCCACAGCAGUCCGGAGCUCCUGAUCUCAUUGCUCUAGAUGUUGAAGCACAUAACAAUAGAGUGCUUCAUACUCUCAGAAAGAUUUUGAGUGAUGAAUCAACCACUGAGGACUUUGACGCUGCAGUUGAGGUGUUGAAAACAUUGAGCAAACUGAAUAACAACUUCUCUCAAGACUGGAUUUGUAAGUACCUUCAGGAAAUUGAUCAGUUUGUGGAGAACCACUUUCCCACGCUGCCAGCAGAGGGACCACAAGGAUCUCAGUUGGAGCAGUUAAAGGACUUUCUAAAGAGAACAAAGAGCAAGAUAUAUGAUGAGGUGCUUCGAUUAACACCUGCACUGAAAGAUGCUGGGCUGCUAGAUCAUCUGAAGGACAGUUACAGCCGCCGAAUCUUUACCAACCUGGACCUGCUGCUAAACAGAGAUCUGUCUGUAAAAGAGAUCUUCUGCCUUCUACUGUGGGGAAAAGAUGUUUUCUUCAGUUCAGACUCACAGGAUUUCUUCAGAGUGCACGACCCUCUGCUGUUGACUGGAUGGUUUCAGAAAGCAACAGAGAAACUGCUGCCGAAUCUGCAGAAUUACAUCCGCACGACUCUUCAGAACAUCCUGGACUAUGAUGAGCAACAUAGACAUAAUGGAGAGUCAAUGGAUGAAGAAACAUUCAUUAGAGUUCACUUAGAUGUCACUAAAUGUCUGAAUGAUGUUAUUCAGAGUUUUCAGGAAUUUAGUCACACACUGAUGUGUGCGGCACAAACGCUCUGCCUUCAAGAGCUUCAUCAUUUUGUUGAGGUGUAUGUGCAGGCAGAGAAAAAACACCUGGAAAAACAACAACCCUUGGAGAAAGAUUCUGUGCAUCUGCUUUGGGUCAUCAGCACCUGUAGGCAACUCAGAUUUUUUGCUCCUCAACUCAACAAUCCAGAUAUAAACAACAAUAAUGACUUCUCAAACAUCAUCGACAUGUUAAAGGGGAUGGAGGAUCACGUUCUGUCUAUUGUACAGAAGAUGAUAAAACACAUAGCAGAGGACCUUUUAAAGAAAUACUUUAAAGAAGGAGGUGCGCAAAUCCAAGCACUUACAGAGGCAAUCCAACAGCGAUGUGCAUCUCUACCUCAGACUGAUGUGGGGAAAGAGAUUCAGGAGAUCUUUGUGAAUGUAUCUUAUGACUGUGUUUCACACGUGUAUCUGGAUUGCCUGAUGAAGAACAAGUUCAGCCAGCUAAAGAGGAGAUGGGGAAAUGUUGGAGAAAGGAUAAGCGAGGACAUUCUCAGUUUACACAAAAAAUUCACUGAACUGAAUGUCAGUGCUGACCAGAAGAACCAUCUCCUUCAGAGACUCAGUGAAGUUUUGUUUCACAGUGAUAUAGAUGCACUGAAGAUUACCUGUUGUGCUUUGUUCAGAGAUUUCCCUCAGGAGAGUGAGCAGUAUGUACCAGGUCUGCUGCGCUGGAGGGGUGUGUUGUCGGAGCGUCAGGUGAGGGAAGUGCUGGAUGUGAGCCGAGAGUUCACCCUCGAUCUGAAGCCUAGACACGUCACCUGUCAGCCUCUGAAGGGACUUUUCUGUUUUCUUUGAUGUGAAUAACAACAUCAGCCAGAAUUGUAAAACUUUUGGUAACAAGUUUAAUUCAAUGGCAUGGCUGUUUUGUGACAUUAAUUUAUGAACAUAAACGGGUACAUAGAUAUUUUCAUCAGAUAUUACAAUAUUUGCUUUUAACUGAUGACUUUUUGAUGUUACUUAAAAAUAGGAAACAAUGUUUCUAUCAGACCACUGGAGAAAAUUGAAUUGACCCUUUUACUCUUUAGCCUUUUAAUCUUUUAUAUGAAAAUAUAAUUUUCAAAGAGUUACUCAUUUUGACUUGUGCCUUUUACAAAAAGAGGAUUGUAACAUGUCCAGCUACGAACCUGAAUUAUUUGUUUGAUUAAGAUUGCUGUAGAGGUCCUGAACAUUAUUUUGGUGACAGACUUAACUCUCAAGGUUUCAGAUUCUGAGCUGUCCACAAGCAAACCUCACUGAGGUGUGAAACCCCCGAAGCCUAAUGCAAUUACCAGAUAUAAAAUUCUAUCCAGAAGUGAUACAAGUCUGUAAAUGAGACUUGACAAGAUUAAACAAUUAACUGAUAGAUGAUUUCAUGUGCCUGGAGGAUGAGCGACAGAUCAAGGCAAGUGUGAGUUUGAAUGCACUUAUAUAUCUUAUUUAACUGUAGUGGAAGGAGUUACAAUCAACUGAGCGUCAGCUGAUGCUGGCUGUCACGCCAUGAUCUGCCUGAACAUAUGUUUGAGCUCCAUUCGUCAUUCAGACUACAAUAA